CAUAUUGUCAUUAUAAGAUUGAGCAACUUAUCUGAUUUCUCUUUAAAAAAAAAAAAAAAGCCAGGGAAAUCGAACUUAGAAUUGGAUCACAAAAGCAAACAAAGCCAACCCAACAACAAAAUCAGUGUAACUCUCACAACUCCUUGCAAUUCAUUAAGAAGAACAAAAUUAAAAAAAUCUUCGUGAAUUGUGAUCCGCCCUUUUUGAUCCAACUCUCCAAAGAAAAAAAAAUCUAAAAAUUCUCCCAAUCCCACUGCAAAACACACGCAGCAGCAUCACCAUGCCCACGUGGGUCUGUCAACACUACUUUCCCCCCAAAACCUAUCCCCUAUCCCAACACUUUAAAAACGGAAUUUCCUUUAAAGAAAUCAGCUAGACUAUGAGAAGACAACAAAAAACCACUUGGACUCAACAUAUUGAUGGCUUCUGGCAGCAGAGCACUUCACUCCCAUCAGCAUCCUCGCCAGCAACAACAAGAAGCUCAGUCUUCAGGCACCAGCAACAUGAGGGCCCCCCAACGCCACCGCCAGGCUGACUCCAUCAGCAAAGCCAUUGCUCAGUACACAGUUGACGCUCGCCUCCAUGCUGUUUUCGAACAAUCCGGAGAAUCAGGUAAGUCAUUUGAUUACUCCCAGUCGGUUAGAACCACCACCCAAUCCGUCCCGGAACAGCAAAUCUCCGCUUAUUUGUCUAAAAUCCAAAGAGGCGGACACAUCCAGCCAUUUGGGUGCAUGAUUGCAGUUGACGAACCCAGUUUACUUGUCAUCGCGUACAGCGAAAACGCGCAUGACAUGCUCGGAAUAACACUUCAAUCUGUUCCCAAUUUAGAGAUAAACGAAGUUCUCACUAUUGGGACUGAUGUACGCACCCUUUUCACUGCUUCCAGCGCAGUUCUGUUAGAAAAAGCCUUCGCGGCUCGCGAAAUCACCUUGGUGAAUCCUGUUUGGAUUCACUCUAAAAAUUCUGGAAAACCCUUUUACGCUAUUUUACAUAGGAUUGAUGUUGGAAUUGUGAUUGAUUUAGAACCUGCUAGAACAGAGGACCCUGCCCUGUCUAUUGCAGGGGCUGUCCAGUCACAGAAAUUAGCUGUCCGUGCAAUUUCUCGGUUACAAUCCCUCCCUGGUGGCGAUAUUAAGCUUUUGUGUGAUACCGUUGUGGAGAAUGUGAGACAGCUUACUGGAUACGAUAGGGUAAUGGUUUAUAAAUUUCAUGAGGAUGAGCAUGGGGAGGUUGUAGCUGAGAGUAAAAGGCCUGACUUGGAGCGUUACAUUGGUUUACAUUAUCCUGCUACCGAUAUUCCUCAGGCAUCGAGGUUUUUGUUUAAACAGAAUAGAGUUAGGAUGAUAGUGGAUUGCCAUGCCAUGCCUGUGCGUGUGAUUCAGGAUGAUGGGUUAAUGCAACCUCUGUGCUUGGUUGGUUCCACUCUUCGUGCUCUUCAUGGUUGCCAUGCUCAGUAUAUGGCUCAUAUGGGGUCAAUUGCUUCUUUGGCAAUGGCAGUUGUUAUCAAUGGAAAUGAUGAGGAAGCUAUUGGUGGAAGAAAUACAAUGAAGCUAUGGGGUCUGGUUGUUUGUCAUCAUACUUCUGCUCGUUGCAUUCCAUUUCCUCUCCGAUAUGCUUGUGAAUUCCUAAUGCAAGCAUUUGCGCUUCAAUUGAAUAUGGAAUUGCAAUUGGCAUCACAGUUGUCGGAGAAGCAUGUUUUAAGGACUCAAACUCUUUUGUGUGAUAUGCUUCUUCGUGAUUCUCCAACUGGGAUUGUUACUCAAAGUCCCAGCAUUAUGGAUCUUGUGAAAUGUGACGGGGCUGCUCUUUAUUACCAAGGUAAAUAUUACCCAUUAGGUGUGACCCCGACUGAGGCCCAGAUAGAAGAUAUUGUCAAAUGGUUGUUGGCAUUCCAUGGAGACUCAACUGGUUUAAGCACAGACAAUCUGUCUGAUGCUGGCUACCCGGGGGCAGCCUCACUUGGGAGUGCAGUUUGUGGGAUGGCUGUUGCUUUUAUCACUAAAAAAGAUUUUCUAUUCUGGUUCCGUUCCCACACAGCAAAAGAGAUCAAAUGGGGUGGGGCAAAGCAUCAUCCAGAGGACAAGGAUGAUGGACAGAGAAUGCACCCACGAUCUUCGUUCAAGGCAUUUCUGGAAGUGGUCAAGAGUCGGAGUUUGCCGUGGGAGCAUGCUGAAAUGGAUGCAGUUCACUCACUACAGCUUAUUCUGCGUGACUCAUUCAGGGAUGCCGAAGCAAGUAAUUCUAAAGCUGUUGUACAUGCUCAACUUGGGGAACUACAGCUUCAAGGAGUGGAUGAGCUCAGCUCAUUUGCAAGGGAAAUGGUGAGGUUAAUAGAGACUGCAUCUGCUCCCAUAUUCGCCGUAGAUGUUGAAGGCUGCAUUAAUGGGUGGAAUGCCAAGGUUGCAGAACUGACAGGGCUAUCAGUUGAGGAUGCCAUGGGUAAGUCUUUGGUUUAUGAUCUUGUUUACACGGAAUAUCAAGAAACUGUUGACGGGCUUCUUAGCCGUGCUUUGCAAGGCAAAGAAGAUAAAAAUGUAGAGAUAAAAUUGAGGACUUUUGGCUCAGAAGAUCAUAAAAAGGCUAUAUAUGUGGUGGUCAACGCUUGCUCUAGUAAGGAUUAUACAAAUGAUAUAGUUGGAGUUUGCUUUGUCGGUCAGGAUGUUACUGGUCAAAAGGUGGUGAUGGAUAAAUUCAUCCACAUACAAGGUGAUUACAAGGCCAUUGUUCAUAGUCCCAAUCCUUUGAUCCCACCGAUUUUUGCUUCAGAUGAAAACACAUAUUGCUUGGAGUGGAAUACUGCCAUGGAAAAGCUCACUGGGUGGCCUCGAGGGGAGAUAAUAGGAAAAAUGUUGGUUGGUGAUGUUUUUGGCAGUUGUUGUCGCCUCAAGGGUCCAGAUGCUUUGACAAAAUUCACAAUUAUUUUACACAGUGCCAUUGGAGGGCAGGAGGCAGAUAAGUUCCCUUUUUCCUUCUUUGACCGCAAAGGGAAAUUUGUGCAGGCGCUCUUGACAGCAAACGAAAGGGUCAAUAAGGAAGGCCAGGCUGUAGGAGCCUUUUGCUUCCUGCAGAUUGUGAGUCCAGAGUUGCAGCAAGCACUGAGAGUCCAGAGGCAACAGGAAAAUAAAUGCUUUGCUAAGAUGAAAGAGUUGGCAUACAUUUGCCAGGAAAUAAAUAGUCCUUUGAGUGGGAUCCGCUUGACUAACUCACUUUUGGAAGAUACAGAGCUGACUGAAGAUCAAAAGCAGUUUCUUGAGACUAGUGUCGCUUGCCAGAAGCAAAUGUUGAAGAUUAUAAAAGAUGUUGAUCUGGAGAGCAUUGAAGAUGGUUCUAUGGAGCUUGAAAAGGCUGAAUUUUAUCUUGGGAGUGUCAUAAAUGCUGUUGUUAGCCAAGUAAUGCUACUGCUGAGGGAAAGAAAUCUGCAGUUAAUUCGGGAUAUUCCAGAGGAGAUCAAAACUCUGGCUGUAUAUGGUGAUCAGGCAAGAAUUCAACAGGUUUUGGCUGAUUUUUUGUUGAAUAUGGUGCGAUAUGCACCAUCUGGCAAAGGUUGGGUACGGAUUCAAGUUCGUCCAACUUUGAAUCAAAUUUCUGAUGGACUCACUAUUGUUCGUAGUGAAUUCAGGAUGGUAUGCCCUGGUGAAGGUCUUCCUCCUGAAUUGGUUCAAGACAUGUUCCAUAGCAGCCAAUGGAUGACACAAGAGGGCUUAGGGUUGAGCAUGUGCCGAAAAAUCUUAAAGCUCAUGAAUGGUGAGGUCCAAUAUAUCAGAGAGUCAGAAAGAUCUUAUUUCUUAAUUAUCUUUGAACUUCCAGUACCUUGGAGAGGCUCAAAGAGUGUUGACUAGGUUAUCUGCCCUUGAGAUCCCUGAUAUUUCAGACUUCAACAAAUUUAACCUGAGUUAUUUUCUCUCAUAUACCCUAACCUGUGCUUAUCCCAGUUGCAAGGCUUGUACAUGAGCUAGAGCCACUUGAUUCAGCCAAUGGUACUCAACAGAUCGAAGAAUUCUGGUCUACUCUCAUGUUCAUAUGUUAUUAGUGCUUGCUAUUUCCUGGUAUGUUUCAGAUUAAAUAACCUUAUCAUAUGAGCCAGCUGAUCGAAUCCUUGUCCUUAGUGUAGUUGUGAAAAAUCAUAAUGAUGACAUUUUACAGCAUUUUAUGGACUGUCGUGUUAUUCAAGAAACAGAACCAAAUGAGGGUCAAUGUAGAAUGUUGUAAAUCCAUUCCACAACAAAAAGCCGUUGUGGUAGUGAGCUUGCAGUCGUAUUGAGAAGCUGUCUCCCGCCACAAAAUGUAUUCUACAUGUAUCAUACGAGUUAGAUUAGAUCUUCUCAUAAUCCUAAGAUCCUUGUAACAUAUUCACCUACCUUAGGUUAUCCCUCUAAAGUUUUUCCUUUCCCCUCUCCAUAUAAUAAGUCAGUUCUUCUCUGGUUGUUGAAAUUUAUGUAACCUCCAUACUCUGACAAUCGGAUAUGAAUCUGCUUCUACUUGUAAUUUGUGAGGAUUUAUUUUUGGAGAGGAUAAGUUGGGAAUAUUUUACUGGUUUGAUACUUUUGUCGUUCUUGGCAUGGAUUAUGAAACAGAUAUGGUCGUCUAUACAGUGUUUAUUCAGACAGGUGCUGCUGCAAUUAGCAGAUGAAUGAUUGAUCAAAUUUAUCCUUAACGAAAAGUUGUACUCGAGUGCAAGAAACUAAAGUUAGCAUUCCAAGUUCUGAAGUUACCGGUUUCUGCCUUCUGCCAAUCGCAAUAUGAGUUUUGUUCUUUACCCACCACCUUUUCCCCAUCUUUCUUCUUUCUGCCUUUUUCUCCAUUUCUUUUUUCUAAUGGUGUAAGGUGCUACCGGGUAUCGCUUUCGUGCUUUUUUCGUAUAAUUUUUGAGUGGCGCACUCAUGUUUUGUUUAAAAUUUGCCUAGAUAUUAUGCUAUCAUUAUUUGUGUUAAAUAGCAUAGGAUUUAAGCAUGCAUCUUACUUGGUCAAUGAACAUGCUUAACGGUAUAUGAAUGAUGUAAUCAAGCAGUUGCAAACAAGUCCUCACUGAAAAUAUUACGUAUGGAAUUGAGAUGGGAUGAGGUUUUCCAAGUACUGUUUUGCCAAUUCAAU